AUGGCUCCCAUUGGUGAUGUAGGCCUGUCAUUCCUUAUUGAUUUCCGCAACGCCGUGACCAACGAUGAGACUCUCAAAUUUUGGAACGACACCUUUAUGCGUUUAUGUAAGAGUUAUGAGAGUCCUUACACGGCGGAGGCUACAGUUGCAGGCCAACGAAUUGUCAUCACGGCAGAUCAAGAGAACGUAAAGGCAAUACUCGGAACACAAUUCAAUGAUUUCGGAAAGGGAAAGAAGUUCAGAGAUGACUGGGUUGACAUGCUCGGGCACAGCAUCUUUAAUUCAGAUGGUCAGGCCUGGCAUGAAGCUCGAGCACGACUCCGGCCAGUCUUUCAUCAAGAGCGCAUCAGUGACCUGGAUUGUUUCGAACGCCAUGUGCAAAAUCUGCUACCAUUACUGGAUACGGAUGGUCAACCAGUGGAGAUAAAAGAUUUAUUUCUUAGGUUUACUUUGGAUGUCUCAGCCGACUUUACGCUCGGCGUAGGCCUAGACACACUAAAGAGGCCUUUGAACAGGUUUGCAGAGAGCUUCAAACGGCUCCAACAUUGGAAAAUACAGAGGGAGAGAUCGAAACCUUUCAAGUUUCUCGUACCGAGAAGCCAGUAUCAGGCAGAUCUGGACUACAUUGAAUCCUUCAUGGAUCCGAUCAUCAUGGAAACCGUUAACCAAAUCAAAGCAGAAGAAGCUGGAGAAACGCCGCACAAGGAAAAUUCCAGCUUCAACUUGCUUCGCGCGCUUGCCAAGAUCUCCACCAACCGGCGCUUCCUCCGCAACGAACUAAUUACCGCAUUGUUUGCUGGCCGAGAUAACACAGCCAUGGCAUUCACAUGGAUGCUCUACGAGUUGGCGCGACACCCGGAUGUUGUCAGGGAUCUGCGUCAGGCAAUCGACGCCCAAAUCGGUCUCAACAGCAAACCUGGAUACGAAACUCUGAAGGACAUGAAAAUCCUGUCCAAUAUCAUUAACGAAACACUUCGCCUCGAUCCUCCAGUGCCCCUCAACACUCGCGCUUGUCUAAAGUUGAAUUAA